CGUCAUAAAUCUGUCAUGGCGAACGGAAGGACGAUGGACGCUGUCGUCAUAUUUUUUUUUCAUGAAAAUAACUCCGCAAAAGUGAGGUUAUUUUCGUGAGAUUAUGAAUUUUGAAACCGGUUUAUUUAUAUAAAAUUAUAAAACCUGGCUACUAAAUAAAUAAACGACAAAUUGGUCUAAAUCGCUAAUUGCGAUGGCGGCCAUCGAGAUCCCGCUUCGUGAUACGGAUGAGGUGAUCGAGUUAUAUCCCGAUCAACUUCCUGACGGUGAUGAAGUUCUUGGAAUUUUACGGCAAGAAAAUGCAAGCCUUCAUAUCUGGGUCAGCUUGGCCCUGGAGUAUUAUAAACAAACAAAAAUUGAUGAUUUCAUCAAAAUACUGGAAUCAUCACGUCUCGAUGCAAACACCAAUUAUCGAGACUUUGAGAAAGAUCAAAUGCGAGCCCUUGACAUGUUGGCUGCUUAUUAUGUCCAGGAGGCGAAUCGCGAGAAAAAUAAGGACAAAAAACGUGAUCUCUUCACGAAAGCAACUUUACUUUAUACAACAGCUGACAAAAUCAUCAUGUAUGAUCAGAAUCAUUUAUUGGGACGCGCCUAUUUUUGCCUUUUGGAAGGCGAUAAAAUGGAUCAAGCUGACGCGCAAUUUAAUUUUGUUUUAAAUCAAUCGCCAAAUAAUAUUCCAUCAUUAUUGGGUAAAGCGUGUAUUGCAUUUAAUAAGAAAGAUUAUCGUGGCGCAUUGGCAUUCUAUAAAAAAGCAUUGAGAACAAAUCCAAAAUGUCCAGCUGCCGUUAGAUUAGGAAUGGGACAUUGUUUUAUGAAAAUGAAUAAUCCAGAGAAAGCACGAUUAGCUUUUGAAAGAGCACUUGAAUUAGACAGUCAAUGUGUUGGUGCUCUCGUUGGAUUAUCAAUAUUGAAAUUAAAUCAACAAUUACCCGAUAGUAUAAAAUCUGGUGUUCAAAUGCUCUCUAAAGCGUAUACAAUUGAUUCAACAAAUCCCAUGGUUCUAAAUCAUUUGGCAAAUCAUUUUUUCUUUAAAAAAGAUUACAAUAAAGUUCAACAUCUUGCGCUUCAUGCUUUUCAUAAUACUGAAAAUGAAGCGAUGCGUGCUGAAAGUUGUUAUCAACUAGCAAGAGCUUUUCAUGUUCAGGGCGAUUACGAUCAGGCUUUUCAAUAUUAUUAUCAAGCAACACAAUUUGCACCGCCUGUGUUUGUGCUUCCGCAUUUUGGUUUAGGUCAAAUGUACAUCUAUCGAGGAGAUUCUGAAAAUGCGGCUCAAUGUUUUGAAAAAGUACUCAAAGCUCAACCGGGAAAUUAUGAAACGAUGAAGAUUCUAGGUUCAUUGUAUGCUAAUUCAACUUCUCAAUCGAAACGAGAUAUUGCUAAGAAUCAUUUGAAAAAAGUAACUGAACAACUUCCGGAUGAUGUGGAAGCUUGGAUUGAAUUAGCACAAAUUCUUGAACAAUCUGAUUUAAAUGGCGCUUUAAAUGCCUAUGGAAUUGCAACAAAAAUUCUCAAGGACAAAGUCGGUGUUGAUAUUCCACCGGAAAUUCUCAAUAAUGUCGGCUCUUUACACUAUCGUCUCGGAAAUUUGGAGGAGGCGAGAAAAAAUUUGGAGGAAUCAUUAUCGCGCUCAAAUCAAGAGGCAGAACACGAUCCAGGCUAUUAUAAUUCAAUAUCAGUGACAACCACGUAUAAUUUAGCGAGAUUGAACGAAGCCUUGUGUACAUUUGAUAAGGCAGAAAAAUUGUAUAAAGAUAUUUUAAAAGAACAUCCAAAUUAUGUUGAUUGUUAUUUACGACUUGGUUGUAUGGCACGUGAUAAGGGACAAAUUUACGAGGCUUCCGAUUGGUUUAAGGAUGCAUUGAGAAUUAAUAAUGAACAUCCAGAUGCAUGGUCAUUGUUGGGUAAUCUUCAUUUAGCAAAAAUGGAAUGGGGACCGGGUCAAAAGAAAUUUGAAAGAAUUUUAAAGAAUCCAACAACAAGUACUGAUGCCUAUUCAUUGAUUGCUUUGGGUAAUAUUUGGCUGCAGACAUUACAUCAAAGUGGAAAGGAUAAAGAUCGUGAGAAGAGACAUCAGGAUCGUGCUUUAGCCAUGUAUAAACAGGUUUUGAGAACUGAUCCAAAAAAUAUUUGGGCUGCAAAUGGAAUUGGUGCUGUAUUGGCACACAAGGGAUGUAUUAAUGAAGCGCGUGAUAUUUUCGCUCAGGUGCGUGAAGCGACUGCUGAUUUUUGUGAUGUUUGGUUAAAUAUCGCUCAUAUUUAUGUUGAGCAGAAGCAAUAUGUCAGUGCCAUUCAAAUGUAUGAAAAUUGUUUGCGAAAGUUCUACAAAUAUCAUCAUGUGGAAGUGUUGCAAUAUUUAGGACGAGCUUACUUUAAAGCGGGAAAACUCCAUGAAGCAAAAAUGACUCUCUUGAAGGCUCGUAAAGUGGCACCUCAGGAUACUGUUUUGCUUUAUAAUAUUGCGCUCGUAUUGCAAAGACUCGCGACUUCAAUUUUAAAAGACGAGAAAUCAACUUUGACAACUGUAUUGCAAGCAGUUCAUGAACUUGGAUUGUCGAAUAAAUAUUUCCAAUAUUUAGGCUCACAUGGUGAUCGCAUGGAAACACUAUCUGAAACAGAAUCACGAAGAUGUCAAGAUUUAUUGUCACAAGCGCAAUAUCAUGUGGCGCGAGCUCGACGAUUGGACGAGGAAGAAAAACUUCUUCGGAAAAAACAAGAGGAAGAACGGCAAGCGUUUAAGCUUCGUCAAACAGAGGAGCAACAAAAAAUGGAGGAAUUACGCCGGCAGAAGGAGGAGGAAAUGUUGCAGAAACGUCACGAGUACAGGGAGAAGACAAAGAAUGUUUUAUUGUUCUCGGAUAUGCCGUCAGAAAAGAAAGGAAAAGGAAAGAAGGUCAGAACUGAUCAAUACGUCAGUGACAGUGGUUCGGAUGGUGGCGAACGAAGAGAGGACGUACCUCGUGAGAAGAAACGCAAAAGGAAAUCGAGUGCCGAGAGAAAGCCACGUGGUAGAGGAAGAAAGAGAAGAGUUGGCAGUGGUGACAGUGCCGGAGGAUCCGAAAGUGAUCGACCAAAAGCUAAACGAGGAAAGAAAUUGGGAAGUUCGAAAAAAUCGAGAAAGUUUCAAGCAGAGACGCCCAAAAAGGGACGAAUCAUAUCCAAAGAAACUAUUUCAACAAGCGAAUCGGACAGUGAUGAUAAUCGACGAAAAGCUUCUGGAGGAGACGACAGCGAGAAAGAAGGACCAAGUGGAAAACGAAGAAUUGUCUCCGAUUCAGAUGGAUCACGUUCACGAUCACGUUCUCGAUCCGUUAAAAGUAAAUCCCGAUCAAGUUCAAGAUCACGAUCGGGCUCGCGAAAAUCUGGCUCACGUUCAAGAUCACGAUCAGGUUCGCGAAAAAGUUCACGAUCAAGAUCAAGAUCAUCGUCAAGAUCAAACAGUGGCUCAAGAAAGUCACGUUCACGUUCUGGUUCACGAAAAUCACGAUCGAGAUCACGAUCUGGCUCGAGGAAAAGUUCACGUUCUGGCACGGGAUCACGUUCACGUUCUGGAUCAAGACACUCGAGAUCUAAAUCAAGAUCGCGAUCGGUAUCACGUUCACGAUCAAGAUCGGGAUCGAGGAAAAGUCGAUCGAGAUCGGGUUCAAGAAAAAGUGGUGGUUCACGAUCGAGAUCAGGCUCGAGGAAAAGUGAUGGCUCACGAUCACGAUCAGGUUCAAGAAAAAGUGGAUCACGUUCAAGAUCUGGUUCGAGAAAAAGUGGAUCACGUUCGAGAUCUGGUUCAAGAAAGAGUGGAUCACGUUCAAGGUCAGCAACCCCUAAAAGUGGAUCACGCUCACGUUCUGGCUCACCGUAAUCUUUUUUUUCUUAUAUGAAAAUAUUUUUCUUGUAUAUUAGCAAUAAUACGAAGAUCAAAUUAUCAUAUAAUUGUGUAUUUACCGUAAAAGAAAAAAAAAGAAUUUAUACAAUUCAUUGCGACUUGACGUUAAGUUUCAUUGUCAAUGUAAAAAAAAGGGCAAAUAUUAUUUGUAAGCUUGAUUUUCAAUUGCAAUGAACUCUUUUUUUUUUUUUGUAGAAUUUGAUUCUAUUUACAGUUUUUUUUUGUCACGAUUUAUCAGAUUUUCGGAAUUAAGAAUUGUAGACAUAAAUUUUUGGGGACUAAUUGUCUUUAACGAAAUAUGUAUGUUUUUUAACAUUAGAAAUCUUAUAUUAAUAAAACAUCAUUAGUGGAUUUUAGAGUAAAA